GGCGGCGGCGGCGGCGGCGGCGGGACCGCGGGACCGCGAUGGAAGGGAGCGCGGUGACUGUCCUUGAGCGCGGAGGGGCGAGCUCGCCGCCGGAGCGCCGGAGCAAGAGGAGGCUCAGGAGCGGCGGCGCCCGCGCAUCCGAGGGGGUCCGAGCCCUCGCCGCCGGCCAGCCCCGCGCCACAAAGGGAGCGCCCCCGCCGCCCGGCACGCCGCCUCCCUCCCCAAUGUCCUCGGCCAUCGAGAGGAAGAGCCUGGACCCGUCCGAGGAACCCGUGGAUGAGGUGCUGCAGAUCCCCCCGUCCCUGCUGACAUGCGGCGGCUGCCAGCAGAACAUCGGGGACCGCUACUUCCUGAAGGCCAUCGACCAGUACUGGCACGAGGACUGCCUGAGCUGUGACCUGUGCGGGUGCCGGCUCGGGGAGGUGGGCCGGCGCCUCUACUACAAGCUGGGCCGGAAGCUCUGCCGGAGAGACUAUCUCAGGCUGUUCGGCCAGGAUGGUCUGUGCGCAUCCUGUGACAAGCGCAUCCGAGCCUACGAGAUGACGAUGCGGGUGAAAGACAAGGUGUAUCACCUGGAGUGCUUCAAGUGCGCCGCCUGCCAGAAGCAUUUCUGUGUGGGCGACAGAUACCUCCUGGUCAACUCCGACAUAGUGUGCGAGCAGGACAUCUACGAGUGGACUAAGGCCAAUGGGAUGAUGUAGGCCGGGGUCCUCGAGGGCCCUGAGGCCAAGGCAGGGACAGAGGACAGAGCCCUCCUCUCCCCCCUGCAUCUUUUGGGGUGGGGGCAUUCCCAGAAGAUACGGUCUCCGUGGGGUCCUCACUCUUGGGCACUUUGGGGAUUUGCGGGUGGGGUGAGGCAUUUCUUGGGAGAUGAUGGGACCUUCCUGGCCAACAAGACAUGGCAUUCGAGGGACCUGUGGCAAGGACUGAGACUGGUGACAGAGGACCAGCCAUUGGGGAGGGUUUCCGGCCGCGACCUCUCCCUAGUAACUGACAAUGAUUCGUGAAGAGAGGAGCAUCUGGGGGGCAAGCAGGCAGGCGGCCGCCGUGGGGGAGUUUCCCACCACAGAGAGGGCACUCGGGGGUAAAGGCUUGGGGUGAUGUUGAUGCUUGCAGACUUGGGACGUGCAAUUGAUUUCUUUCCUUCCUGGAUUUGUGACAAGUCUGUUCUAAUCCCUGUCCUAACGCGGGCAAGGACAGAGAGGAGAGUGGCCAUCCUCCUGUUCUUGGCCACCUUCCCAAGCCGUUCCCUCUGGGCCCAAAGGGAUCUGCAUGGAGAUGCAUUUCAGUUGACGAUGGAAACCACAACUUUUAGGCAAGGAUGUAAAACAAUGAAUCACUGUUUUUAGACACCUUCGUAUUGAGGGCUGGGAUUCCAACGAUCGUUUCUAUACAAAAUGUAAAUCUUAAAAAAAAAAAAAAGUUGUUCAACUAUUUUAUUAUCUUAGAUUAUAUCAAAGUAUUUGUUGUGUGUAGUAAAAAGAAAACAACUCCGCAGACUUAAUAAAAA